AUGAGUCCAACAGAUUUUGAAUAUUGUAUUAAUUUAAUCGGUCCUAAGAGUCAAAAAAAGAAUACCACAUGGAGAGAAGCGAUUUCAGUGCAAGACAGAUUAGCAGUGACAUUAAGGUAUUUGGCAACAGGCGAUUCUUUUACAAGUCUGCAGUAUUUAUUUCGUAUAACUAAACAAGCCAUUAGCAAGAUUAUUCCAGAUGUAAGUGAGGCAAUCAUCGAUGGGUUAAAAGAAGACGUAAAAAUACCAACCAGUGUCAAAGAAUGGAUGAAGGCAGAGAAUGAUUUCAACAAACUAUGGAAUUUUCCUCACGCAAUUGGAGCAUUGGACGGAAAACAUAUUUUACUACAGUGUCCAUUUAACAGCGGAACAGAAUUUUAUAAUUACAAGUCACAUUUCAGCAUUGUAUUACUUGCUUUAGUAGAUGCCAACUACAAUUUUUUGUAUGUAAACAUUGGCGCUCAAGGAAGAAUUUCACACGGUGGCAUAAUGAAUAAUUGUAGUCUAAAUACGAUGAUUCAGGAAAAAAAUUGGGAAUAUCCCUUCCUAGAGAAUUAG